CAGCUCACUGUUCAGGCCGCCGGCGGGGUGGGGACGGCGCACAUUUCUGCACUCUUGGUAAUAGUCGGACUUAACGUUGUGACAAUUAGUUUCGGGGGAGCUCGAGAUGAUUAUUCUUUCGCUACGGUAAGCGAGAAGGACCUUGGCUGCGCUCAAUAUCAAAAGCUGGCAGCUCGCGAAACUUCCACAAGACUUGAACCAACGAAUCGACCUUUGAGAUAUCACAAUUCUCAAAGCUGAAUCAUAUCGAGAGUCAAUUAUAGUCGCCUACCAACACUACAUGGCCGGUGUCAUUGAGAGGGGCAUGAGCACUGUUCGCAAAAAUUACAAUGGUUUUCUACUUCACUUCCAGCGUGGUAUCUCCGGAGGCGUUCAUCUACGUGGGAAAGGAUAAGGUGGAGAAUGAGGAUCUCAUCAAAUACGGCCUUGAGGAGGACGUCUGGUUUCACGUCGACAAACUGUCAAGUGCACACAUAUAUCUACGGAUGAAUGAAGGUGAUUCCUGGGAGAAUAUACCUGAGGAUCUAGUUGUCGAUUGUGCUCAGCUCACAAAGGCAAAUUCUAUUGAAGGGAAUAAGAAGGACAAUAUCACAGUCAUUUACACUCCUUGGUCGAAUCUGAAGAAAGAUGGCUCGAUGGCGGUUGGUCAAGUGGGUUUUAAGGAUCCUCGAAAGGUAAAGAAAGUCCUUGUAUCUCAGAGAGAGAACCCUAUCGUCAAUCGCCUGAACAAGACCAAAGUCGAAAAGUUCCCAGACCUGGCUAUGGAAAGGGUGGAGAAAUUGAAAGUCCUGAGAAAGAAAGACCAAGCUGCAAAAUUGGAGCGGAAGAGGGAAGAGGCCAAAAUAGCUCAAGAGCGGAAAGAAAAGAAAUGGCAGAAAGACCAUGCUUAUGAUGAACUGUUUCAGGAACAAGACCCAGAAGAUGUGAACAACCAAGAUCGAGAGGAUUUGGAGGACGAUUUCAUGUAGUGCUUUUAGGGCAUUGAUCUAGAC